AUGGCUUACAGUGAUUACAGCGAUGGUGCAGAUGAAAUACCGGACUUUCACGAUGAAGGUGAGUUUGAUGAUUAUUUGAACGAUGAUGAAUACGAGCUCAUGAACGAGGUGUUCCCUGCUUUGAAGACGCAAUUACAAGAUUACCAAGGCUGGGAUAAUCUCUCAUUGAAAUUAGCGUUAUUCGAUAACAAUUUCGAUUUGGAAGCGACGUUAAUGGAAUUGAAGAAAACUUUGAAGAAGAAGAAGAAGGCACCGAAGAAGUCAAUUGCUGCUGCUAAUGGGACCGGAAACGUUGCUCAAAAACUAGCAAACAUGUCAAUUUCAGAGCAAAGGCCAAAUAAUGGGCUUGCAGAUUGGCUUGACGAAGAAGAGAGUGAGGAGGGAGGCGAUGAUAAUGGAGCCGACGAUGACGACAAGACGGUUCAGAGGUACUAUAAGACGACAGUGCCAACCAAACCCAAGAAGCCCCAAGAUAUUUCUGCAUUUGUUGAAUCUUCGUUACCUCAUUUAAGUUUUGUUGUUCUUGGUCAUGUCGACGCUGGGAAGUCAACACUAAUGGGGAGGCUUCUUUACGAUCUGAAGAUCGUCAAUCAAUCCCAACUUAGAAAACUACAAAAGGAGAGUGAAACUAUGGGUAAGUCGUCCUUCAAAUUCGCGUGGAUCAUGGAUCAAACACACGAAGAGCGCGAACGUGGUGUAACAGUGUCCAUUUGCACAUCUCAUUUUUCCACCCAAAGGGCCAGUUUUACUAUUGUGGAUGCUCCCGGUCAUAGGGACUUUGUACCAAACGCUAUAAUGGGGAUAUCGCAAGCAGAUAUGGCAAUACUUUGUGUUGACUGUAGCGCAAAUGCAUUCGAAUCGGGAUUCGAUCUGGACGGGCAAACAAAGGAGCAUAUGCUACUAGCGUCCAGUUUUGGAAUCCACAAUCUGAUUAUUGCUAUGAACAAGAUGGAUAACGUGGACUGGUCUCAACAAAGAUUUGAAGAAAUCAAAUCGAAACUAUUGCCAUACUUGGUUGACAUAGGAUUUUGUGAGGAUAAUAUUAGUUGGGUACCUAUCAGUGGCUUUUCUGGAGAAGGUGUUUAUAAAAUAGGAUACACAGACGAAGUCAAAAAAUGGUACAGUGGACCUAACUUAAUGUCUACUUUGGAAAAUACUGCUUUGAAGAUUUCUAAGGAGAGUGAAGAAAUUAGCAAAGAAGAUGCAUUUUUAUUUUCUGUGUUGGAAAUUAUCCCACUGAAGAAAACCAGCAACGAAUUGGCGUUGAUAUCCGGAAAAUUGGAAUCAGGUUCCAUUCAGCCCGGUGAGUCGUUGACAAUAUAUCCAUCUGAGCAAAGUUGUAUUGUAGACAAAAUUCAAGUGGGUUCUCAACAGGGUCAAUCAACAAACCACGAAGAGACUGAUGUUGCCAUCAAAGGUGAUUUUGUCACCUUGAAAUUGCGCAAGGCUUAUCCCGAAGAUAUUCAGAACGGUGAUUUGGCAGCAUCAGUCGACUAUCCAUCCAUUCAUUCGGCACAGUGUUUUGUCCUGGAGUUGACCACAUUUGAAAUGAAUAGGCCUUUGCUACCAGGAACACCGUUUAUCCUUUUCAUUGGUGUUAAGGAGCAACCUGCUAGGAUUAAAAGAUUGAUUUCAUUGAUAGACAAGGAUAACAACACAAUUAAAAAGAAGGUUAGACACCUGGGUUCUAAACAACGAGCUUUAGUAGAAAUAGAACUAAUUGAAGUGAAGAGAUGGAUUCCUUUACUAACUGCUAGUGAAAAUGACCGUUUAGGUAGAGCAGUUCUCAGGAAAGACGGUAGAACCAUUGCAGCUGGUAAGAUAUCAGAAAUAUCACAGUAA